AUGGAGAAAUUGGUAUUCGUUAAAGAGCUUCACGCUCGGUUGAUUAAAACCCAUCUCCACACUGACCCAUCAUCAAUAUUUCCCGUAAUCCAAUCCUAUUCUCUUCAGCCAAGUAAUCUGCAGAGGACCCUUUUCGUAUUUGACCAAAUUGAAAGACCCACUUUGUCUAUCUGGAACAUUGUGAUCCGAUGCUUUGCGCAGAGCGAUCGUCCUGUUUUUGCACUCCAUUUGUUUGAUGAAAUGCGCGACCGAGGAUUGAUAGGAAAUAACCUGACCUCUAUAUAUGUUUUAAAAGCUUGUGGUCGUGCUCAAGAUGCUAGCUAUGGAGAAAAAAUUCACGCACAUUCGUUUAAGAUGGGGUUCAGAUCGUAUCUUUAUGUUUGCAACUCACUAAUUCAUAUGUAUGCUUCAUGUAAGCAGUUGGAAUGUGCGAAGAGAGUGUUCGAUGAAAUGCCUGAGAGAGACUUGGUUUCUUGGAACUCCAUGAUUUGUGGGUAUAGUCAAUCUAACAGAUAUAAAGAGGUUUUACGUCUUUUUGAUCUUCUCCAAGAAGCUGAUCUGAUCGCUGAUUCAGUAACAAUGGUGAAGGUUAUAUUAGCAUGCAUCAACAUUGGUGACAAGAGCAUCGGAUUGUCCAUGGCUAAGUACAUUAAAGAUAAUAUCAUAAAAAUGGAUGUUUACCUUGGAAACACUUUAAUCGAUAUGCAUGGAAGACAUGGUUCAAUGGAUUUGGCUCGUGAAGUAUUUGAUGAAAUGGAGGAACAGAAUGUGGUUUCCUGGAAUGCCAUGAUCUCAGGUUAUGCAAAAGCAGGCGACUUAACAGAUGCACGGAAGCUAUUUGAUAAAAUGCCAAAAAGAGAUGUCAUUUCAUGGACUACGAUGAUCACUGGUUACUCUCAAAGUUCUCAAUUCUCUGAUGCAUUAACUCUCUUUAUCGACAUGAUGAACACAAACAUUAAACCUGAUGAAAUCACAGUUGCUAGCGUGCUCUCUGCAUGUGCUCAUCUAGGCUCAAUCGAUAUGGGCAAAUCCGUCCAUGACUACAUUUGUAAAAACAACAUAAAACAGGAUUUAUACGUUGGGAACUCUUUGAUCGAUAUGUACUGUAAAUGUGGCUCAACAGAGAAGGCAUUAGAAGUGUUUCAAAAACUGGAACACAAAGAUUCAGUUUCCUGGACCUCAGUCAUUUCAGGACUUGCUGUGAAUGGAAAUGCCAAUUACGCCCUUGACCUCUUCUCCAAUAUGUUAAUGGAGAACACUAAGCCAAGUCAUGGAACAUAUGUAGGGGUGUUGCUUGCUUGUGCUCAUGCUGGCAUGGUGGAUAAAGGUUUGGAGUAUUUUGAGAGCAUGAAAAGAGACUAUGGAUUGCAUCCAGAAAUGAAACAUUAUGGAUGUGUAGUUGAUAUGUUGAGUAGAUCAGGUGAUGUUGAAAGAGCAUAUGAGUUUAUGAAAGAAAUGCCAAUGGAUCCGGAUGUGAUAAUAUGGAGGAUGUUACUAGGUGCUUGUAAGCUUCAAGGAAACAUAGUCAUAGGAGAGAUUGCCACUAACAGACUCCUUGAAUUGGAUCCUGAUAACAGUGGGAAUUAUGUUCUUUCAUCAAACAUUUAUGCAAGUGCUGAGAGAUGGGAUGAUGCUAUGAAAAUGAGAAAGUUGUUAAAAAAAGGUGAUGUGUUUAAACCAUUAGGCUGGAGUUGUUUGCAAGUUUGA